AUAUAAAUUGGUACACUAGGGUUUCAGUGCGCGGCCGAGGCCUUUCUCCCAGCUACCGCUGCUGCUCUCGUCUCCUUCGUGAUCGAAGGCCGUCCUUCGCCUAUUUCUUCGAUCAAAUCAUGGCGGAGCAGACCGAGAGGGCGUUCCUGAAGCAGCCAAAGGUGUUUCUCUGCUCAAAAAAGGCUGGAAAGGGGAAGAGGCCUGGUAAGGGUGGGAACAGAUUUUGGAAGAGCAUUGGGCUUGGAUUCAAAACUCCCAGAGAAGCCAUUGAAGGAACCUAUAUUGAUAAGAAAUGCCCAUUCACGGGUACUGUGUCAAUUAGGGGUCGCAUCUUAGCAGGCACAUGCCACAGUGCCAAGAUGAACAGAACCAUCAUUGUACGUCGCAACUACCUUCAUUAUGUAAAGAAAUAUCAAAGGUAUGAGAAGAGGCACUCAAAUAUAGCAGCACACAUAUCACCCUGUUUCCGAGUCAAGGAAGGGGACCACGUAAUCAUUGGGCAGUGCAGGCCAUUGGCAAAGACUGUGAGAUUCAAUGUAUUGAAAGUCAUUCCAGCCGGCUCAAAGAGUGGAGGCGGCAAGAAGGCUUUUUCUGCAAUCUGAGGUGGUCUGAGAGACCGAGUUUUGUCCAGUUAAAAGCUUUCAUUAUGAGGCUGAUGUUGUUAGAGCAGAAAAGUUGGGUUUCUAAAUUUCAUUUUUGGUACUCACGUUUACUGAUAUUCCUUUGAGAUUUUUGAUUGGAUCAUAGAACUUUGAAUGGUUUAUGUUAUUGCAUUCAGAAUUCUUUAUCAAGCAUCUGAACCCUUUGGCGUAAGCUUUCCUUGAGUUCCCUCACAAAAUUUGAUAGUUGGUAGUAUUGGUAUCUAUGUAGAAGUGCUGCCAUGUAACCUAUUUUAAGAAAAUCUGGUUAAUGUCUGGUGUUAUUUUCCAUCCCUCAAAUUUUACAAGGAUUGGCUUUACAUUU